AUGUCAGCGACAAGUAGGGUUCUUUCAGAUAUAGCAUCCAUAUCAGUUCCUUCCAAUGAUACUAGUACUGUUCCUUCAGAUAUAACAUCCAUAUCAGUAUCCACUCCUGCAAUGUCAGCGACAAGUAGGGUUCUUUCAGAUAUAGCAUCCAUAUCAGCAUCCACUCCUGCAAUGUCAGCCACUAGUACUGUUCCUUCAGAUAUAGCAUCCAUAUCAGCAUCCACUCCUGCAAUGUCAGCCACUAGUACUGUUCAUUCAGAUAUAGCAUCCAUAUCAGCAUCCACUCCUGCAAUGUCAGCCACUAGUACUGUUCCUUCAGAUAUAGCAUCCAUAUCAGUAUCCACUCCUGCAAUGUCAGCCACUAGUACUGUUCCUUCAGAUAUAGCAUCCAUAUCAGCAUCCACUCCUGCAAUGUCAGCCACUAGUACUGUUCCUUCCAGAAUAGCAUCCAUAUCAGCAUCCACUCCCUGCAAUGUCAGCCCAGUACUGUUCCUUCAGAUAUAA